GAUGUGAAAGCUCUGGAUGACACUGAACUAAGGGAACAGCUUUGUCUGUAUGGAAUUAGCCCUGGACCAAUAUUACGUAUGCAUCAACUGAAAGAUAGAUAGAACUUGGGGAUAUAAAGAACAGCAGAGCUCUGUGCUGUACCCUAAAGGUUCAAAUUACAUAUUGCCAAUAGGAGACAUGUGAUUCUAGCUUGAAGGGAUUGCUCCUCAUAACAAAUCCAACAAUUCUGAUCAGGGGCAGUAGGUGCAAAUGGUUUAAGAUGCCUCUCCUUUCCUCUGGGCAAAAUGUUCUGCAUCUGCUCUGGCACAGGUGCUUUUGUUUAUUCAGAUGUAUAACCUAUCUCAUCCUGUGGACUUGGAAUGUUGUAGAUUUCCCAAAACUCAUCAAGUCUGGAUAUACUGUGCACUAAAAGAACAAAUCUUACACUGAGAUAACCCAAAGGCUGACUUCUGCACAUUUUUGAGUAUGCAAAAAUCAUAUCUACUUGUUUUGUCUAUUUACCAGCUUCAUCUAAACCUGGGAAGGGGCAAGCAAUUAUUUAGAGCGCUGAAGCCUCUCUCCCUUGCUACUUAAAAAUGUAUUUGGCCUCUGCCAAAUAUUUUGCUAGUGACUCAUUUCAAGACAUUUCCCCAUCUUAGUUCUCAUGUUUGCCGAAGCUUUAAAACUUCAGAUACUUCCCCUGCACUUCGGUCUUCCAUGAAGAUAAUUAAAACAACAAUCAGAGACUGAAGAACUAAUAAAGCCUAAACAAUUCUCCAGAGGACCACAGUACUGAGGCUAUAAGUGUUCUCUAGCUGACAAGGUAUGGAGCUAACCUGAGCUCAAAAGACAUCAGCAAUUAGCAUAGCUUUACUCCCUCUUUUCAGCUUGACCAUUUAUGUCUGACACUACUGACUUCAGUCCAGUCCUCCUCUCUUGUACAAUAUUUUAUGUUUAGAAACCCCAAAAGGCUGCUCUUACAUCUCAGCCAGACUUCCCUUCAAAGAAUUACUGGUACCAUUUGGUGUUGUACGAGCUGCCUGAUGCUGCAGGACGGAGCUCAUCUCAACAAGUCUCAAUGGUGAUGGCUUUUCUGGGGCUCUGAUCAAAACACUAGAUUCAUCCUGCAGGGACUUGACUGAGAAGAGAUUCCUCUAUCUACAUAUAGGGACCAUUAGAGUGACAUUUUCAAACACUGCAUUUUUUUUAAAUGGAGCAAUGGCAGUUGCCAUUCUAACUAUACUUAUGCUUAUUACUGCUCAGGGAGCCUUCUGGCUAAUGACAUGGGAUAAAAAUCCAGUAAAUAAAAUUAUGCACUAAGCCCCAAAUGAACUCAAAGGAACUUACUCAGUAUGCCACUAGUAGUUGGUUAUGUCAGACCCUGCUUCAGUAAACUAGUUGACGCUUAGGCAGAGAAAGCAUCUCUCUACAAUAGUAGAACAGUUUUGCCUGUUGAAAUUCUGUCUCAGUAUGUAGCUGGUAUCCAGGCAUGAUGCAGAAGCCAUGAUUAAAAAAAGGAGAAAAUUCUAUUUUCACAUCAGUUCAGGUUAUGCAUUUAUUUUUGUUCAUGGAACUUCAACAUUUAGCUUCUACAAAAACAGUCCUCUCUAUGUAUGACUAGCGGAAUGCAGCUGUUCUAUUUUGCAAAAAAGCAAAAAAUAGAAGGGGAGGCAUGUCCAGAGUCCUUGUCUGAUUUAAGCAAGUAGGUGUUAACACAUGAAAUGUAGGCUGGAUCAGGUGCAUUCACAGCUAAUUGGAAAACUGCAUUCCAUGAUGGAAUCUGAGUUUGAAGGCAUUUUAGAGGUCACUUAGCCUAAUCUUCCACUGAUGCAAGACAUCAUCUAUUACUGCACCACCUACAAGACUGUUUCCCUUUCAAAUAGCUUGAAGCCCUCAGACUCCCUAAUAUUUAGCAGAAAACCCUUUUCUUGUAAUUCUGAUCAAAAAAUAGAUUGCUCCAUCAUAUGUGACAGCCCUUCAAAUAUUUGUAGACGGGUACCAAGUUGAUUCUUAAUUGCUUCUCUAUACUAAGCGUAUGUAACUCCUUCAAGCUUUCUUCCUACGUGUUGGUCUCCAAGACCUUCACCAUCUUCAUCACCAUCAUGGAUCACCUUCACUAGCAAUCUUCAUCAACUUCCUCUGGACAUAUUCCAGAUGGCCAAUCACUUCUUCAGAACUGGACAAAGCAUGCCAGCUUCUACAAGGACUACUUAUGAGAAAAAAUUGUUGCAACUGAUGAAGCAAUGCCCAACAAUAGCAGCUGGGAGUAAGAGACUUGCUGAGUCUGACCUGGAAAAGGAUGAAAAAAAAGGAUUAACCACUGAAGUAGUCCUCCAAACAAACAACCUCAAAGUGACAGCUGAGUGUGCCUCUGGGCUUGAUAAUAAACCUGUUAGAGAUGUGGAAGAACGCCAGAAGAAACUCUUGUCACCUGAUGCUGAGAACAGCUUAGCCAAAAUAGUGGCAGAAUUACAGGAAAUCCUCCCGGAGGGUAAAGUAGCACUGCAGCGGUCUCCAGGAGUAAGGCGGAAAGCUGGCGGAAGUCCUGAAAAUAAUUACAGAAAAAAGAGAAGUGGUGCACCUCCUAUAGACUACGGGUACCCUGAUGCUAACAGUGUAGGACAAAGUACUCGAAGAAGAACGGUAAGAGAGGAUCCUCCACCGAAGCAAGGUCCUGACACCAAAUGCAUGGCGGUGCCCGUGUAUCCAAGGGUAGAUCGUAUACCAAUGCGUGUAAAGAUUGCUGUGUUUGCUAUUUUCAUUUUCCUUCUCCUUGUGUAUGUAACUAUGGAAACGAAUCUAGAGAAUCCAUUCACAACCUUCAUCAUGCACAAAUAAGGGUAUCCCAUCCUAUAGAGAUGGAACUGCAAGACCAAAGAAACUGGCUUUGUCUAUCUGCUUAUGUGUAAGUGUUUUGGUUAGCUAAUAAAGCAGCCCAAAAAAAACCCCA